AUUCCUCUUUUUUGCUUUGAUGAUUUGCCUCUAUUGCUCCCACGAAUCAUCCAGUCGUACCCUCUCUCAUUCAACCCCUUCGCUCCAUCAAGAACGAUUCAGCAGGGGAUCAUAUGAGCUUCGAUCGACCGAAAGGAAACAAAAUCGAACCUUGGAUUGGAAUUAGCUGAGAAGAAUUGAUGCUGCAGAAAAUCAUAAAUUCAGGUUAUUAUUAUUAUUUGAAUUUGGCGAGCAGCGGGUAUUCAACACCCAUAUGGGCUGUUCUGAUCGCCGGGGUUUUUGUUGUCAUCUCUCUCACCCUUUCGGUUUACCUGCUCUUCGAGCACUUAUCCACGUACAAGAACCCCGAGGAACAAAAGUUUCUGAUUGGGGUGAUAUUGAUGGUGCCAACUUAUGCUGUUGAAUCAUUUAUAUCUUUGAUGAACCCGGCAAUUAGCGUUGGUAUCGGGAUCCUUCGUGACUGUUAUGAAUCCUUUGCCAUGUAUUGCUUUGGGAGAUACCUAGUUGCUUGUUUAGGUGGAGAAGAGAGGGCAAUUGAAUUUAUGGAGAGAGAGGGACGUGCAAGUGCAAAAACUCCCCUACUAGAUCAUGGCUCCGAGAGGGGAAUUGUAAAGCAUCCCUUUCCAUUGAACUAUAUCCUGAAGCCUUGGAAACUGGGUCGGUGGGUUUAUCAGGUCAUCAAAUUUGGCAUUGUUCAAUAUAUGAUUAUCAAAGCAUUUACUGCCAUUUCGGCUGUAAUUCUUGAAGCUUUUCAUGUAUAUUGUGAAGGAGAUUUCAAAUUGAACUGUGGGUAUCCAUACAUGGCUGUGAUUUUAAAUUUCAGUCAGUCAUGGGCUUUGUAUUGCUUAGUUCAUUUCUAUGCCAUCACAAAAGAUGAAUUAGCACACAUGAAACCAUUGUACAAGUUUUUGACAUUCAAGUCAAUUGUGUUCUUAACUUGGUGGCAAGGAGUUGCUAUAGCUCUUCUAUAUGCCGUUGGUUUAUUCAAAAGUCCAAUAGCUCAGUCACUGCAGUUUAAGUCAACCGUUCAGGAUUUCAUUAUUUGUAUCGAGAUGGGAAUUGCUUCUUUGGUUCACCUUUAUGUUUUCCCUGCAAAGCCUUAUGAGUUAAUGGGAGAUCAUUUUUCUGGAAGCGUUGCAGUGCUUGGAGAUUAUGCAUCUGUUGAUGGUCCGCUAGAUCCUGAUGAGGUUAGGGACAGUGAACGUCCCACAAAGUUGCGCCUUCCGCAACCUGACUAUAAUGCUAGGAGUGGAAUGACUAUCCGAGAAAGUGUUAGGGACGUCUUUAUUGGUGGUGGUGAAUAUAUUGUGAACGACGUGAAGUUUACCGUCACUCAAGCUGUGGAGCCUGUAGAGAAGGGAAUCACGAAGUUCAACCAGAAACUGCACAAGAUCUCUCAGAACAUAAAGAAGCACGAGCGGGGAAGGAGAACCAAGGAUGACAGUUGUUUGACUUCACCAACACGCAACGUGAUUCGAGGAAUAGAUGAUCCCCUCUUGAAUGGGAGCAUCAGUGACACCGGCAGUUCCAGGAGAAAGAAGCACCGCCGUAAAUCUGGGUAUACCAGUGCAGAAAGUGGUGGGGAAAGCAGUAGUAGUGACCAAAUUCCCUACGGUAGUUAUCAGAUUCGUGGACGUAGAUGGCUUAUCAAAGAUUAGUCUGAUACCAGUCCAUUUCCCUUCAUGUGGAUGAUAUCGUCACCAAGGUGAGUAUUUUUCAUUGUUGUCCUUGUGAUGGUGAUGAUCAGAGGAAGUAAUUCUGUUCAGUGGAUUGAUUGCUUUAGAUGAUGGAAGAGGUGACUAUGCAUAAGGGUCUGUAGAUUUCUCCCAAGCUGUCAAUGUUUGAAGAUAAUUUAUGUUGAAAUUAUUGUAUAGAAGAAUGACGCUGUCUUGUCAGAAACUCUCUCAUCGUAUUACUCUCAGAAUGCUUAAUACAGAAAUUGUUUGAUCAUGUCUAAAGUUGUUAUCUGC